CAGACAGACAGCAGUCCACCUAUACACCUCUGUGGUAUAACCGCUGGCCUGAAACUUUUUUUUCCCUUGACUCGAUUGACACGAAACGCGCACAGGAGAACGAGUUGAUAUGCUUUUCCUGGCCCUGGGCAUGUAGGUCGCCACAAGCCAGUCGAGGUUACGAUGUGUCAAAACAGAAAAGGUACCACCUAUAUAGUCGCUGAUGGCUGCUGUGACAUCCACAACCUGACUCUUCACCUUUUUGGUGCGACAGAAGCUGUAUGUGAUGUUGAGGAACUUAAAAUUGUUUACAGUCCAUACAACCAAACAUCGGGGAGUCAUACGGAGCAGUAAAACAUGGCUGUUCAGAUCAGAUCCGGUUAUCGCUAGGAAACUUUCUAUCGCUGAAGUGAACUGUGCUUUUUUCCGAAAGGUAGAGUACUGUGCAUGGUGACAAUAACAGCAUUGGAUUUCGUAUAUUCGCACCCAGACUUGUUUUGUGGGAGGAAGGCUGAGGAUUCAAACGAGUGUAGAACAAACUGCGGUCGUAUAGCGCAGUGAUCAUAAGGAAGAGCAACACUACGUCGGCGAGACGUUAGCCUCCCGUAAUACAUGUGAAGGGGGGUAAAAUGGAAUGAUUUCGACCCAUUCCUUCUUGUACUACAGCUGAACCUUUCCCUUCACUUCAUAGACCUCAUGUACCCAUCAGUGAAAAGUAGAUCGGUAGUUCUUUAGCUCGAUCUGUGGUCUACAGUGAAUUUCUUGCACCUGUAACAUCUAAUGAUUUGAGAAACAGGUUGGUGACUGUCAUGAAACGACCUUUUUUUUUUAGCGCUGUGUUCAAUAAGUGAGGUGCACUUGGGUUGCUGCAUGUGUUCACAAGUGCUUAUACUGUAAGAAGCACCAGAUGUGAUCGACCAGAUGUGAUCGACUCGAGGUCACAGAAACAGUCGUAGUGUCGACUGGCUGCACAGGUCCCCAUAUCGUUACAGCCAGACAUAGUGUAACCCAACAGUAAACAAACUGUUGAAGUCUUCCGUCAACGGGGAAAACAAAAUACACUUCGAUCAACAUGUUAGAAGAGAACGGACAGACUGGUCCUUUGGCUACCUCUCCCAGGAUGUGCCAGGUAGAUGAACUGUCGACUUUCUCUGAUGGACUCAAGCAGGCUCUGUCAUUGUGUGAGGAACCUAACAUGGUAAAAAAGAUCAGGUGGACAGCCGUUGUACUGACCUGCUCCAACAAAGACUGGACUCAUGCACUGCAGAAUGAGUUGGAGAGGCGUCAAGCUAAGGGUCAGAUAGACAAAGAGACAAUUUUACUUACUAUUGAAGAUCCAAAGACAAAUGUUGGCAGUGGUGGAGCCACUAUAAAUGCCUUGCUAACUGUUGUGGAACAUAUCAGCGCUAGACAAGGAUUUACAGUAAUCAACUCUGAUGUUUUGAAUGAUGCCUUCAUCCUUAUUCUUCAUCAUGGUCGAACAUAUUCUUAUGAUUCCUGUGGAAGAGCUUUCACUGCAUUGCCUGCAAAGUUCAAGUCUUCCCAGGCUGACAGCUUGGUCUGUAACAUUGAUCUUCUUCUGGAGAUUUUAACUCAAAGGAUCUCUUCAGGGUCGCCACCUGGUGUGUGGGUGAGCAGCACUGAUAUGCUACUUGCAGUCCCAACAGAGAUAGAUACCUCAUGGCAUCCUUGUGAUGCAUGCCUUUUCACAAUGCCUGCGAGCGUUCAGUAUGCCAAAGACCACGGAGUUUGCAAGAUAAACACACAGAAUAUGGUUGAAGAUAUCCUAUACCAGAAGGAUGUUCUGACCUUGGAGUCAUGCCAGCGGCUAGAUGGAACAGUUCCAGUUCUCAUUGCCAUUGUUUACCUAAGUCACAGUGUGUCAGAGAAGCUGUUGUCAUUUUACACUAAACCACCUCUAGAUGCCUGUACAUACUUUGGAUUGGACAGUGGACAACCUCCUCUGAAGUUAUCCCUCUUCUUUGAUAUCCUGUUGCCGAUGACAACAGCAGUGUCAGAAAAAGACUUUGUCCAAGGGGAGAGAAGUGGAACAUUUGGUAAGCCAGGUUCCGGGGAUUCUGCAGAAUCUCGCCUGAACAUGACCAUGGCCAGAAAGCUGCUUUGGAAGGAGCUCCAUGAAUACAGACUGAAAGCUUGCAUGAUAGAAGACGGCAAGUUUCACUACUUGACAGACGUGGCCACUGAACACAAGAAUAUGUUGGUGAAACCACCUGUCAUUCAAGACAACAGCUGGCUCACUUGGUCACCUACAGUGCAGGCUGACAUUAAUUCUCAGGCAUCUGUCGGAGAGGAUACAACCAUCAUAAACAGUGUACUGAAAAGGGAAGUCACUGUGGGCAGUAAGUCAGUUGUCUGCCAUUGCUCCUUGUCAGGGAAUGUGACCAUUGGAAGCGAUUCCUUCUUCAGUGGUGUUAAUAUUGAACAUUCGAAGGUCAAGAAGCCUUUGCAGUUUGCUGACAGCAUGAUGAUGCAGGGUUUUCACAUUAACCUCAAGACGCUGGGCACCACACGCAAAGUUUUUACAGUCCAUGGUCGACAUGAUAAUGUGCAGAUUCCCACCUGGAAGGCAAUGGCCACCUUCUGUAAUGAGCCUUGGCUGGUGUUUUUGAGCAGAACUGGAAUCCUGCCAGAAGACCUCUGGGCAACAGAGACAGACAAUGACCAGCAGACAGUGCUAACUGCACGUCUAUUCCCAGUGUUUCAUGCUAUGGAGAAUGUUGGGCUGAAGGAGCUCCUUUGGCUGCAGGGACAGAUUCCAGAUACCAGUUCCAAAGAUUUUCUUAAGCGGUGGAGGACUUCCUGGCGUCUAUCACUUGCUGAGAUCUUGUCAUUUGUGGACCUUGAGGCUGAGUUGCAAUGGAGGAACAUGCUGUUUUAUCAAGUGGCAGAACAGGAGGUGGAAAAUGCUCUGACCAACUCCUUGCACCAGGGUUUCAACAGCCUGUACACUAGUGCUACAGUUGAUGGUUUCUCAAAGCAGAUACUUGCUAUGCUGGACAAAGUGGCCAGCAUCACAAAGGACCCUGGAAUUGCAGCCCGUGCCCUGGCUAACAUUGCAGAUGUCUUGGGAAGCAUGGCUGGGAGUGUUGGGGGCCUCAGAUCAGGUCCUGCUGCUAACCAGUCUUGGCGCAAGGCCUUCAACUACCUUGAGAGUAAAGAUUUUGCUCUGGGCGUGGCAGCAUUGGGUAAGGAGCGAGAACAGUGGCUUGGCCGCCCUGACCACCUGAUCCGAGCAGCUCGUCAUUAUGAAGGUGCUGCACAGAUUCUGAUACGACAGGCAGUCAUGACUGCCAAAGAGUUUUUCAAGCUUGGUAAUGGCACAUUACCGCCUCUGAGAAAGUGGAUACGAGCCGAGUGCCCAGCCAGAAUUGACAUUUCUGGAGGAUGGUCCGAUACCCCACCUAUCACAUAUGAACAUGGUGGAGCUGUCACAAUUGCUGGUGUGCUUGUCAAUGGCAAGAGGCCUAUUGGAUGCAGGGUCAGAAGGAUCGAAGAGCCUGUAGUCCGACUAGAACUGAUUGGAGAUGGAGAAGUGAGCACAGUAGUGGUGUGCCAUGAGCUGUCUGACAUGGAGAAUUACUUUCAGCCUCAUGCUCCUGGUGCUCUUGUGAAGGCAGCCUUUGUUUGUUGUAAUAUGAUUGACCUCAACUCUUCCAUGACCCUUCAGGAGCAACUGAAGUCUUCUUAUGGUGGAGGUUUUGAGGUACAGUCAUGGUCAAACCUGCCUCAUGGCUCAGGUAUGGGCACAAGCAGUAUCCUUGCUGGUGCAGUCCUUGCAGCACUUUUGACUGCUGCUGGCAAGACAUAUGACACCAAAGGUCUCAUCCACGCAGUUCUCUACUUGGAGCAGCUCUUGACGACAGGUGGAGGAUGGCAAGACCAGAUCGGAGGGCUGAUGGGAGGCGUACAGCUGGGUUUGUCUGAGGCAGUACUACCCUUGUAUGUCGAACCAUUAGACCUCAAACUAUCUGAGGCUCGGCUGAAAGACUUUGACAGCCGACUGCUACUCAUCUAUACUGGCAAAACACGCUUGGCUCGCAACCUUCUACAAGAUGUUGUGCGGAACUGGUAUGCCCGCAACCCAUACAUUGUCAGAACUGAAGAUGCUCUGGUGGUGUUGGCACAGGAAUGUGCAAAUGCUUUUAUUGAUGGCAACUUUGAGAAAGUGGGGUCGUGUGUAGAACAAUACUGGCAGAUGAAGAAGCGUAUGGCACCUGGGUGUGAGUCUCAGACAAUUGCCAAAAUUAUGGCCACCCUCAAGCCAUAUAUGUUGGGCAUGUGUUCAGCUGGUGCUGGUGGUGGUGGCUUUAUUUAUGGCAUACUCAAAGAUCCUGCCAUGCGGAGUGCAGCUAUUGACAUUCUAAACAGGACAACAGGGCUUGAGGCAGCUUUGGUCUAUGAAGCUACAGUAGACAGCACAGGUUUGACAGUCACAUGGGAAGACUGAACUCACUGCACCCUUAUGGUAGACCAAGACAGCACAGGGUCAAGGGUCAAUUGGAAAGACUGGCCUCAUUGCAUCACCACUCAUACCACAUUUUGUUUACUUGGACAGUAAGCCUCUAGAUAGAUUCUGAAAUAGUUAUUUAAAAAAAACAACAGUUCAGGUGUGGAAGUUAUUUGUUAAAAAACAUUUUGUGUGUAGCAUCUACAUGAAGUAUUUUUAACCCAAGGAGUAGGCAUUGUUACUCAGAAGAUAGUAAGAGUUUGAUAUUUCAUACACACUGACAAAUGUUCUCACCUCAUAUAUUUUAACACGAGCCUCUUACUAGAAAAUUUGAUAAAUUUACUUGGCAUAUUAAUGUCAUGAUGCUUUUGUCAAGUUCACUAGUGGGGUGUUCUCACAAACUCUGACAUUUAAUAUGUUGUAUUUGUUUUUAUUCCUUGUUGCUCCCAUGAGGAGCAUAGGGCUGCAUGUUGUAUUUGUACUUGACCAUUAUCCUGAAAUACACAAAAGAAUGUGUUAUUACCGCAUUUGGUUCUGUUAGAAGCUACUCACUUUGUACAACACACAUAUGCAUGCAUGUGCAAGGGAGUCAAAUUUCUUAAGUAUUUUUAACGAAAAUAUUCUUUAAGGUAUUUUUCACAUAAAAGUUUUAUGUGUCUGUGUAUGCUGUAAGUGACCUGGUAGAGAAUUCCAAUUUAUGGGUCCAAAUACUGCAAAAAUACUCAUGCUAAAGGUGGAAAGAGAGAACUUUGGAAUUCUGAAUAUAAAGGUGUCCUGAGAUCUUAGUAUUAAGGUUAAAUUAGGUGUGUGGUACAGUGAACAUGACAAGACCUAUUCCAGGGUUAUAAAGAUGUGAGGAUGAAGCUUUUGUUAAAUGUAGCACAAAAUAUGUUGAGAAUAUUAUUACACAGAUCUCCUGCAUCAAAAAAAAUAGUAAUAGUUAUGUAAUAAUUAAAAUAACAUUUUGGUAUAAACCAAAUUAGAAAUCACAUUGCUUGAGUGGAUGUGUAAUAGACUUUAAAAAAGUGACGAAGCACAUGUUUCUGCGUCUUGGGUAGUUGGCUGUGGUGUGUGUGAAAUUGCAGAAUCCUAUAAAUAAAACGAAAAUGUUCAUUUGUUCUUGAGAUUUUCCAACCAUUAUUCACUGAAUCCCAUGUUUUGUCCUUUAUUGGUCUUCAGUCCUCCAUUACAUCCUCAUAUGUUUAUUUUCUUGUUUACACUAUCAUCAAUGUGGAGAGUCUCACAUCUGUUUGCAAUGAAAAUUGGCUCCCAUCUGUCAUAAUAAACAAUAUUCUCCCCGUCCAUCUUGCCUUAAAACUUAAGCAUUAGUUUUUAAUUGCCUUUCAAACUGUUCUUCUUGGUUUUUUUUUUCCCCCUUAAAACAAUACUGUCCAAGAUUAUGCAAAAGCCUGAUAGUUAUGCAAAUCUUAUCGUUAAAAUUGAUAAUUUUGCCACUCUAUGGAGGAAAGUAGAUGUUGCAAUAAGUUCAUUUGUGUAACUUAUGUAUAUAGAAUUUAUUGUGGUACCAUUGUUGAUGUAGUUUGCUGUGAUAAUUGAGGAAUCAGAGUUUGAGGGUAUAUUUCUUACCAGAUUGAUCAUCCUGUGGAAUCUUUAGCAGCAUGAGAGGGGAAGUUUUAGAUAAUGUGGGGACUACACUUUAUAAUAAAUCAUUUUGUGUAACCAAA